AUGGAUAUCUUCACAAACGGGGAUUUAGGUGUUGACGGUAACACAAGCCAUGAAACAGGACAAGAAAGACUAGAAGGCACCAAAAGCCAAGGAUACAACCACAGCGACCCCCUGGACAUGUUCAUAGGCAUAGAGCUUCUUCUACGUUUCAAACCUCUCUUCCUGCCACUCUAUUCCCUCGUAGUGGUCGUGGCUGGUGUCGGAAACUCCUUCCUGUUGGCUUGCAUCUUGUCUGACAAAAAACUACACAAUGCCACCAACUUUUUCAUCAGUAACUUAGCAGCUGGAGACUUGCUGAUGUGUUUGACUUGUGUUCCACUGACUGUGUCUUAUGCCUUCGACAGUCGUGGCUGGGCUUUUGGAAGAGUCCUCUGCCAUUUGGUCCCCUUGCUGCAAUGUGCGACAGUGUUCGUAUCUGUGCUUUCACUCACUGCCAUUGCUGUGGAUCGCUACGUUGUUGUGGCUCACCCAGUACGGAGGAGGAUCUCUGUGUGGAGUUGUGGGGCAGUGAGUCUGGGUGUGUGGCUUUUAUCUUUGGCCCUGGCUGCACCUCAGUCUCUUUACACACGCUACAUGGACCUGCGACCCAAUGGCAUCAACCUCGUAGUGUGUGAAGAAUUCUGGCCUCAUACUGGCAAUCUGCGGCUGCUCUACUCCUGCUUCACUCUCAUUGCCUCUUAUAUGAUCCCGUUGCUGUCAGUCAGCAUAUCUUAUUGUGCCAUCACUGUUAGCCUGAAACGCUAUUCAGUGCCUGGGGAGCCAUCAAACAGCCAGCAGCGAUGGAGCCAGAGGAGAAGGAAGACCUUCUCACUGCUGGUGGCCUCAGUGCUGGCUUUCGCCCUGUGUUGGCUGCCUCUGCAGGUGCUGACCCUGAUGCUGGACCUGGACCCAGACUUCCACAUCAUAGGGAAGCGCUACAUAAAUGUUUUACAAGUCUGCUGUCAUUUAGUAGCUAUGAGCUCUGCGUGUUACAACCCUUUUAUCUACGCCUCACUGCACAGCAAGGUGCGCAUGCACCUGAAAGGCUACCUCUGUCCCUGUCGUCAUCAUCAGAGGGAGAUGGUGGAGAGGGUGUCGUCCAGGAGCUGA